AUGACUUCCAACUCGGAAGGUCACUGCAACUUCCCGCUUUUAAGAACUCAACCACCUACUCCAUCAGUCUACCUGCCUUCUCUCGUCGAGAACAUUGUUGCUGAGAACUCUUUGCAAUCUACUACAUCACGAAGCAUUGAAAAUAUACCACAGCGUCAUGGUAGACCUCAGCUAAGCCACCAGCGUCCCAUUCGCAUUUGCCGACGUCUCAAACGUCUGAUUUCAAAGCAGAAUACCUCCACUAACAUCCGAACUUUCGCCACAGCAACUGAACCACGCGUCUGUGAUGAACCUUCUACGCCGUCAGAAAACGCUGGCAAACGUCGAUGUUGCUGCGUUCCCCUUCAUCUCUCUUGUCUCCGUAGUUUCUGUUCGUCCCUCUCCAAAUUAUUGGGUCGCCUCACGGGAAGGCGAAUGCCCAACGAGAAUUUAUUCGUUCUUAGCAUGAUCCAGUUGCUCUGUGGUCUUGCUGCAGUCGUUCUCUCUGGUGUAGCAGUGACUAAAGUGGUGUUCCUCUACCAAAUGGCUACAGGACUGUGGUCUGGCUUUCUAAUGCUCGCUACUGGAUUUCACGGCAUUCUAACUGCCCGUCGUUGCACUCCACGUACCCUUGUUAGUCUUCUCAUCUUCUGUGUUCUUGUCGCGCUCUCGGCUUGUCUUCUGGCUUGUGUCUCGGUGGCGGGAUUGAUUGAGGACGGGAUUCUCCGACCAGAUACUUCGAUAACUCUUUUUACCGCUUCUAACUCUCCCUUCUAUCUAUCCAGUCAUGGUCCCUCCGUCGCUUCCUCCAGCCUACCUAUAGACAUCCCUCUAGGUGGAUUCUCCCACCGACGUCUUGUCUCAUCUAAUCAGCCGCCACGAUUGCAUCAAGUGAUGCUACACAUCCUCCUCCUCGUUAUUGGCAUUCUUGAGGCAUCUGUUAGUGUCGCUUGUGCUGUUCUCUGCUGCCGACAAAUCUGCCCCUCGGACAAUGCUCCUCCCCUCUCUGCUAUCACUUACCUCCAAAAUAGGGGAGCUACUCUCGUCCCAGGAGGGAGUGAAUUCCUUCUUGCUGUUGCUGCAGAUCCUGGAAGGCCAGCUCCAGUCCUCCUAGACUAUGCUCUCCCUAGGCCAGAUUUGCAUCCCUCUGUGCAUCACUUUCUUCCUCAUCCAGGCCGUAGAGUUGUGAUUUUAACUCAGGCAGAGACAGGGGUGCAUGCUCUGGCGGCUGCCCAAGCAGUAGCUAGUUUGGUUUCACCUUCCUCCUCACGGAAUACACUUUCUCUACCUUCUGUUUUCGCUUCUCAGCGAGCUCAAAAACGCGAGGAGUCACACCAACUGAAGGCUCAUCUUUCCACUCUUCUCCCUCGAUUAGCUUCGUCAUCUGGAGACUCCGCGUUUCGUGCCGCGCACCCAUCCAACCUCCUCUAUGUUCUUUCCUCCCCUUCCCCUACUGAUGCUCCCAUGAUUUUUCCACCUUUCCCACCGGCGUAUUGCUCGGAUGAGGAGAGGGGUGGAAACUCGAUAAGCCUUCCUUUUCCACCCCAGAUGUCACUAUGUAUGCACCCCCAAGAGUUUAAUAUCGGACCCCUGUCAGUACCCGAAGUGAAUCCAGCUCGAAACGGUAGCCGUCGUGAUGGCAGACGGUUGGGACCAAGAUCUAGGAAUGUUCUAGGUCCCAGACACCACUUUCGAGCCUCGCGGAGGAGUCGCAGAGGUAGCAACGCAGUGGAUGCGGUGGUGGGAUUACUGGGCGAUCGAAUUCUGCAACCUGUCCUGGUCGUAGAAGAUGCAGAAACAGAGUCAAGAGGUUCGGAGGAAAGCAACAUUCCUCCACCGAGCUACACUGUCUCUAUUAGAGAGGUGUCUAGGCCUCUACCCCCCACUCUUGAAGAAGCAUAA